UCUCGCUCUACACUUACCUAUACGCAAAGAUAUAUACACAUCAAGUAUGAAGAGCUCGGGCAAGUCGACCAAGGAAAAGGAAGCUCUCGCGACCCAACUCCGGAGCAUCACCGGUGCAACGUCGAGCGAUGCUACGAGAUUGUUGAAAAAGGCCAACUACAACCUCGAACGGGCAAUCGACCACUUUUACUCCGACUCGGCCGCUCAACAAGCCGCCAUCUCGUCCCAACUCUCAUCCUCCUCGAGCUCGGGAAAGAGCAUUGAAAAGAAGCUCGGGGAUAUUUGGGAGUCUUACAAAGAUGCCAGUUCGAGCCCUCCCUUGAUCACCAUCGAAGGCACCAUGAAGCUCUGCGAAGACCUCGAGAUCGACCCUGAGAACGACCCGAUCUUGUUUUGCCUAGCUGCGGAUCUGGGGAGCAAGACGGUCGGUGAAUGGCCCAAGGAUGGGUGGGUCAAGGGAUGGCGGACGAUCGACGCUUCAGUGGAAUCGCUAGCAGGGAUGAAAGCCCAACUCCCACGCCUCCGGAAAAAGCUGAACGAGAAUCCGGAAUACUUUAAAAAGGUGUACGGGCAUACGUUUACGAUGAGUUUGCAACCCGGAGCUAGGGUCUUGGCUCUCGAUAGCGCCAUCUCCUUCUGGCAAGUCUUUUUCCCUGCCGCACUCUCCGCCUCGCCCUCGGCCUUGUCCCAUAUCACCAACCCUUCGACGGGGGAGACGACCGAUCCGGCGUUCACCGACCUGGACGACUGGCUCGAGUUCAUGAAGGCCCGUGGGAAACCGGUCAGCAAGGACGUCUGGGGUUUGUUUGUCGAUUUCGUGAGGACGAUCGAUCCGGAUUACGCGAAUUACGACGAGGAUGGUGCCUGGCCGUCGGUGAUCGACGAAUUCUAUGCGUCUCAAAGGGCCAAAAAGACGGCCGGGUCGAUGGACACCUCGGCUUAGACGUCCCCCAGCCUGUCACACACGAAUCUCCCCGCGCAUCGUCGGUAAAGCGCUUCCUCGAGCCAACGUUUCUCACUGCUGCUGUUGUAAUCCUGCUCUAUUACGAAACC